AUGAGAAUUCAUGCAGGAGAUAAGCCAUAUUGCUGCUUUGAGUGUGGAGAACAAUUCUCUGGCUGUAGUUCUCUUCAGACACACAUUAAAACUCACACAGGAGAGAAUCUUUAUUGCUGUUCUGAAUGUGGAAAACAGUUCUCGGGCAGUAAUUACCUUCAGAAACACAUUAAAACUCACAUAGGAGAGAAGCCGUAUUGCUGUUGUGAAUGUGGCAAAAAGUUUUCACAGAGAACCAAUCUUCAGAGCCACCAAAGAAUUCACACAGGGGAGAAGCCAUUUUGCUGUUCUGCAUGUGGCAAAAAGUUUUCACAGAGAAGCCAUCUUAAGAGCCACCAAAGAAUUCACACAGGGGAGAAGCUAUAUUGUUGUUCUAAAUGUGGCAAAAACCACCUCGCACUUCCAUUUAUGAAGAGGAUGUGGCAGCUGUAG